AUGUCUGAAACCGUUGUUCAGUCCGACCAAAUCGAUGGAGCUGAAGUGGAUGAAGCUGUUCUGAGUCUGGAUAUCGGGCUUGAGGAUGUUGUCAGUGGCGAGGAAGACACCUUCCGGACCCAGAACACUUCGAUGACCGACUUCGAGCGCCGCAACAUUAUCGAGAGAACAGGAGGCAAUGUUCAUACCCGCGUGGAGCUUCUUGACGUCACACAUGGCCGUCUUAGCGAUGGCGACGAAGGAACGCUCAUGGUCCUCCGAUUCCUAUUCGACCCGCGCAAAAAUUCGAGCCGUGUGCUCCGUGGAGAGGUGAAAAUCGAUUUUUUCGCCGCAGAUGAGGAUGAUGACUGCCCAGUGGUCGAGUCCAUCGCUCCCGAUGGGCGUUUCACGGUGAUGUCGACUACAGACCAGGUGUCGACCACGCGAGGUGGCGACCUGAACCUGGGCGUCUCUGGCGCAUCUGUGGCCAGCAUCAGCGCCACGGCGAAGCUGGAGAAAACCAGGAGUCGCGAUGUUAGCGACUCUACAAAAGUCAUAGGGUCUAUCAACCUUGGGACGGGUCGGAAUAAAGGCGACCCGACUGCAGCGGCAUGGAACCUGUUGGAGAACAAGCAUCGCAAAUCCGGAGUGCCGGACUCGCUGACCGUUGCCAUUCUUCUUCGUCGGACUGAUUGUGAACUUUUCAACGCCAAGGUCACCCUAGAGGCAGACUGCGAUUUUGCAACGGGGUUGCGUUCCAAGUUUAAGAAGGUCCCUUUGGAUGAUCCGGUCCUCUUUAAUUCACGCCUCACAGGGAGGAAGGCGAAGAAAGGUCGCCAUUAUGGCACCGAAAACUUGGACAACGUCAGCCUUGAUAGUCUUUGCGAAGUCAGAAUGGAUGUGCAGGCCCCCUUUGCGAUUGGUGGCGAGGCUACUUAUUAG